AUGGAAACCUCACAGCCGUCGUCCAAAGCGGAGCCGGAAACAUACGACGUCGACGACGAACCAAAAGACACCUACCAAAUCGCCUACAUCAUCCACUUCCUGCUUGGCGCCGGAUAUUUGGUUCCAUGGAAUGCUUUCAUCACCGCCGUCGAUUACUUCAAUUACMUMUAUCCSACCAMMCACAUCAACAAAGUYUUCUCCGUCGGUUACAUGUCCGCCGCCGUGACGGUGCUUGUUACCCUUCUGUGUUGGUCGAAGUCCAGCCGGAUUAAGUUGCCGUCGGUGAGAACGAGGAUGAAUUUGGGUCAGGGUUUGUUUAUUUUAGCUUUAAUGGUGGCGCCGGUGACGGACUGGAUCGAUCAUGGGAACCAAACCACCGCCGGAUCAAAUGUGGCAUUUGUGGUGCUUGUUUCCAUGGUUAUGAUUAGUGGUUUAGCCGAUGGGUUGGUCGGUGGAAGUUUAGUCGGAGCCACCGGAGAACUCCCCGGAAGGUACAUGCAGGCUGUUUUCGCCGGCAAUGCCACCGCCGGUCUUAUGGUGUCGAUUUUACGGGUGAUAACGAAGGCGUCACUUCCGCACACUCCAAAGGGUCUUCGAACAAGCACGCAGAUCUACUUCGUCUUCAGUUCGCUCAUCGUUCUUCUCUGCGUCAUCUGCACCAACGUUUUAGACAAAUUACCGGUGAUCCGAUGUUACCGGAACCGGAAACUUCAUGAGCCUCCGACGACCCACAAAUCAAUCGAAACAAAUAACUUCUGGGAAGUAGUUAAAAGGAUCCGGUGGCUCGUAAUCGCGGUUUUCACGGUGUACGCGAUAUCGCUGUCGAUUUUCCCCGGUUACUUGAGCGAAAACGUCGAAUCGACAUAUUUUAAGGAUUGGUAUCCUAUAUUUCUGAUAACAACGUUUAAUGUCGGUGAUUUUUUAGGAAAGUGUUUGACCGCGAUUUACGUACCGAACGGAACGAAUGGCACGAUAUGGUGCAGUAUGGGAAGGGUGGUUUUUUAUCCACUUUUUCUGGGUUGCGUCCGCGGACCCAAAUGGAUGCGUAGUGAGGUUCCGGUGAUCGGUUUGACCAUGGUGCUUGGUGUGAGCAAUGGUUAUCUCACAAGUGUGCUCAUGAUCCUCGCACCCAAGUCGGUCGCGAUCGAGGAAUCGGAGACCGUUGGGAUCGCGAUGGAAACGUUUUUGGUUGUCGGGUUAGUUGUAGGUUCGGCUUUCGGUUGGCUUUGGAACCUUUGA